UAAAGUAAUUUUUUUAUAAAUUUAAUCUUAUGAAAAUGCUAUUUAUUAUUACACCCUUUUAAAGUUUGAUACACUUCAGUAGUUCACUUGGGCAGGCAGCAUUUCUCAAGGGUGUUUCCAGCAGCAUCAACGGAGUUUUAAACUCAGAUGACCGUUACAACGUAUUCAUGCAGAAUAUGUUAGAAAAGAAAUGGGCGAACAGAGGAGGAAGAGAGGGGCAAAAAGGAGAGAGACAAGGAGUUAAUGUUGGGAGAUCCAUGGUUGGUUUACUGAUAAUUCGAGAGCUUUCCAAUUGAAGAAAAAGAAAUGUUGGCGAUACCACACUUUCUGUUCUCUUUCUGAGCUAUAUGAAUUUUGAGGCAAUUACAAGAGCUUUACGCCAUUGUGGGCGAGUUCUUGCCAUAGGCCAUGGCAAAUCACUCCAUGCCCAGCUGAUAAAACAAGGGUUUUGUAGAGACAUCUUCGUUGCAAAUAAUAUAGUGGCUAUGUACGGUGAUCUCAACUUGUGUGAUGAUGCACAGAGAUUGUUCGAUGAAAUGCCCGAGAGAAAUGUGGUCUCAUGGACUACUUCAAUUUCAGCACAUAUCCAUGCCGGCAAUCCUGUUGAGGCAUUAAGAGUCUUUUACUGGAUGCUGGAUAAUGAAAUGGAAGAACCCAAUGGCUUCACGUUUUCUGCUGCUCUGAAGGCUUGCAGUAUGGUUGGGAAUCUUGAAUUGGGCAAGUGGAUCCAUGAGCAUGUUUUGAGAGCUGGGCUGCAGUCUGAUGCUGUUUUGAUGAAUGCCAUUCUUGAUAUGUACCUAAAAUGUGGGAGCUUGAGUGAUGCUCGAAGAGUUUUUGAUGGGUUGUCUUCAGUUAACUCUACUUCAUGGAAUACAAUAAUUGCUGGCUAUUCUCGAGAAGGCAACAUGGUUGAGGCAGAGGCCCUAUUCCUGCAGGUUCCUGAACCUAAUGCUGUCUCAUAUAACACCAUAAUUGCUGGAUUUGCACAAUUAGAGAGUCCAAAAGCAUUGAAUUAUGUUAACAUGAUGCACAUAGAGGGCUUUAAGUUUGAUGAUUUCACCUUUCCUUGUGCUCUCAAGACCUGUGGUAACCUAAGAUUUGAAAAAAUGGGAGAACAGAUUCAUACCUACAUAGUCAAGUGUGGUUACAAACCAAGCCUUUUUAUUGGGUCAUCACUCAUUGACAUGUAUGCAAACUGUGGUCAAAUGAUUCAUGCCAUAAAGGUAUAUGAUGAAUACUCAAGCUACAAAGGGCUCAUUCCUGACAGACUACCUCUACUGAAUUCAAUGCUUUCUGGAUUUGCUGUCAAUAGAUAUGAUAGGCAGGCACUCGAUCUUGUUUCAGAGAUCCACAGCAUGGGCAUUGGACUCGAUGCCUUCACUCUUUCAAGUGCCUUAAGGGUUUGUAUUAACCUGCGGAAUAUGAGUAUCGGGCUUCAAGUACACGGUUUGACAGUCACUAAUGGAUGUUACGCAGAUCAUGUUGUUGGCAGUGUUCUUGUUGACCUUUAUGCCAAAUGUGGAUAUCUGGAAGAUGCAUUGAGAUUGUUUCAUGGGCUUCCUCACAAGGACGUAAUUGCAUGGGCUGGACUAAUUGCUGAUUGUGUCCAACAUGGAUCAAAUCAUUUAGCAUUUUCUCUAUUCAAAGAUAUGAUGAGUACAGAAACUGAAGUAGAUCAUUUUGUUGUCUCAAGUGUUCUUAAAGCUUGUUCAGUUCUAGCAUGGGCUCAAGGUGGUGAACAGGUUCAUGCUUACAGCAUCAAGGGAGGGUUUGAUUCAGAAAGCGUCACUAUUGCUUCUUUAAUUGAUAUGUACUCAAAAUGUGGCAAUAUUGAUGAUGGACUCAGAGUGUUUGAGUCUGCAGCACAGAAGGAUACUGUUUGCUGGACAGGAAUGAUCCUGGGAUGUGGAUACAAUGGAAGAGCAAAAGAAGCAAUUGAGCUCUUUGAAAAGAUGUUGAAGUCAGGGGUGGAACCCAAUGGGAUCACUAUCCUUGGUGCUCUUUCUGCUUGCAGACAUGCUGGAUUGGUUGAGGAGGCUUGCAGGUUUUUCAAGGCCAUGAGAGAUAGGCAUGGACUAGAGCCAAGUUUAGAGCAUUAUUGUUGCAUGAUAGAUAUUCUUAGCCGAGCUGGAUGCAUUGAAGAGGCUAAGCAGCUGAUCUCUAAUAUGCCUCACGAAACUGAUGAUGUGAUACAUAACUCAUUGCUCGGGGCUUGUUUGAUGGAUCAGAAUAACCUUGCAAAACUUGCUUCGCUAGACUUGCUUCCAUCUUCAUCUUAUGAUACAUCCGGGAACGUUACCCUGUCAAAUAUUUAUGCAAGCUUGGGUAUGUGGGAUGCUUCAGCUAAGUUUAAAGAGGCGAUAAAAAAAGUUAGCAUAAAAGAAGCAGGAAGAAGCUGGAUUGAAAUUAGGUCUUAAAGGGAAUGACCAGUAGAUACCAGAAUAGAGUCGUGUGAAAUAUCUGAUAGGCAAUUCCAGGCAAAAGAACAUGUGAAAGUUUUUCUUCCAAAUUGAUUAAAGUUGGUGUUUGUUGCUGGAGAUUCACUAAAUGAAGGGAGGUUACAAACACUCAGCAUCCUUCUUUCUGAAUUUGCGAACAAGCCACACCAAACAUCAGAUCAUAAUAUGCCAUCGGGAAGGAGUUUUCUUUUGUGUAAUCUAUGAUGUUCAUGUAUGUAUCAUCAAAUAUUCUUUCCAGGUGAAAUCUCAUGGUUUUUAUCAAUGAUAAUGGAAAUUUCGAGGGCCAAUAAUGUACCAGUUAAAAAGCAAGGAAGUUCUUUGUGGAGUGCAUACAUGGUUAAAGAGACGGUGUAAAUGAUCUAAA